CAGCAAGCAAUUAAUAUAUUUAAAAAAAAGUUAUAUAAAACGGUAAGAGCCGUGUUUGUGAACAACUUAUAUUGCUGCAUUAUUACGUUUUUGACUGACAGUAAAAACUCUCGAUUAGAAGAGCAAGACUUUUCAACGCAGGAACACAUCACUGAAAAAUAAACGAUAGAACCCCCCCCACACACACACAUCAUUACGUUUUGAAAUGUCUCUUUUGGGUGAAAUCCCGAGAAUCCCCCCAACAAGAACUGUCAUGUAAAAUCCCCAAAUUGUCAAAGAAACCAAGCACAAUAUUUGCUGUUAUAAGAUUUACCAAGGCAACUGCGUAUCGCUUAGACUACGCGUGAAAUAAUAGCAGUAAAUGUUCUAUGUAGUGUGUUAUACAAGUUCCUAGCUUAGCAGUGGUUUAGGAUAACAUGUUUGUAGAAAGGUUUACAGCUCUCUCAGAUGAACUGUGCGAUCACUCGAUUAAAAUGAAAACUCGUUGAUAAUCAAAGCGGACGCCAAUAAAAGACGUCAUCAAAGAGUAGCAAAGUGAUUGGUGGUUGUAGUGUCCAUGGUAACGGUUUGUGUAUACGGAUAAGUACGCACGCCGCUGUUCCGAAUUAACGACAGGACUAAGUCACACAGAGAGCAGCAUUAUGUCCCAGCAAGUAUCAUCAAUGAAUAGGAAGAACCUGCAGAAGUUGGCUGAGUCGUUGUGUAAAACCGGCAAGCACUUUAAUAAGCAGGAGGUAGAGUUCCUCAUACAGCUUUAUAAUACACUAGCUGGGGGCCCUGCUGAGCGCAAUACAAGAGGGGGAAUUGACCGAAACACCUUCAGAAACAUCUUGCAUAACACAUUUGGAAUGACUGAUGAUAUGAUCAUGGAUAGAGUUUUUCGCGGAUUUGACAAAGACAAUGACAGCUUCAUAAGUGUAUCGGAGUGGAUUGAAGGGUUAUCUAUAUUUCUACGUGGGACCUUAGAUGAAAGAAUUAAAUAUUGUUUUGGUGUCUACGAUCUGAAUGGUGACGGCUAUAUCUCCAGAGAAGAGAUGUUUCACAUGUUAAAAAACAGCCUUCUCAAACAGCCAACUGAAGAAGAUCCAGAUGAAGGAAUAAAGGAUUUGGUUGAAAUAACACUGAAGAAAAUGGAUUAUGAUCAUGACAGCAAAUUAUCUUAUGCAGAUUUUGAGAAGGCAGUUAGAGAAGAAAAUCUACUAUUAGAAGCAUUUGGACCUUGUCUACCAGAUAGUAAAAGUAUAAUGGCAUUUGAAAGACAGGCUUUCAGAACAGCACAUAAUCACUAGAAUUGAAAGCCCACCAGAGGUAUCAGAGAAUGUACUAUAUAGCUGCUGCAAAUAAAUAAGACUGCUGUUUCGCUUUACACUCUUAUUGCUUAUAUAAUGUUAAAGGGAUAUGAAACACCAACAUUUUAAUUUUGUUCAGACAGAGCAUAUAAUUUAAAAGAAAAAAACUUUAUUUCAUG